AUUUCUCUCAAGUCGUUUAUUACAAUACAAUUUUUUCUAAUUUUUUUUCGUGUGAAUUAAAAAGUAAAAUAUCAACGAAAAAUGUCAUUAGUACUACAAUUAUCAGCAUAUUUUUUCCCACAAAAAAAAAGUUAUUAAGUUAAAGUGAGCGGAAAAUUUAAAAUUCAAGUCUUGACUUCUUUUUUUAUUUUCACUACACUUUAUGUAGUGUAUAAAGUGCUUUACUAUACAUAUGUAAUGUGAGAGGUGAAUCCAAGGAAAACGUCAAAUUGCCAUCAAUUAAAAAUCCAGUGAAUUUUCCAAGUUUUCCCGGAUUUAGUGACAAGUGGCGGCGCUCGUGAAGAAGCUUUUCGUGGUGCAAUUUGUAUUUUUUUUUUUUUUGCAUGACUAAGGUACUCUCUUUGUCACGUUUUGUUGUUCUUUGUCGUCAUUCGUCGUCAAAUGAGUGCAAAUAAUAUAACAUCUAAUCAUGUUGCUCUAGUGUCUACGCGAAUAUGUCACUUUGUUCCGGUUAUCAGAAAAUCAUUUUUAUUUCUCAUCGUUAGAGGUUAAAAAAAAAAUAGUGUUUUAACCAGUGUUCAUAUUAAAUUAAGUGCUCGUCACAAUGGAGUUAAAUCAUGAUAGUUUAAACGAGUUUCAAGCUCUUUUGCAAUUUAUUACAUCGGGUGAUAAUGAACAAAUAAUUGAAGGAUGGAAAAAUCUCGUCAAACUUGAGACAAAUUUCAUGCUUGACAAAACACAUUGCAAUUAUAUGGAAAUUUUGAUUGAUUCCCUUAAAGAACUUCUUCAUGGACGUGUACAUAAUAUGGAACAAUUACCAAAACUUUUAAAUUGGUUCGCUAAAUAUUUACACAAUGAACCUGAUCUAUGCCUUGGUCAUGAUUUAUCAAAUAUUCUCAUUAAUACAAAUUUAGAUGACAUUUCAAUUUUAAUGUUGAUUCUUAAUGUUGUCAAUGAAUAUAAGAGAUUAUUUCUUUAUGGCGAUACAAAAGAUAUGAAACUAUGGAAAGCUGUUGUUAAUUGUCUUGCUCGAUGUCAUACGCCUAUUAAAGCUGAGGAUAUUAAAAAUUAUCAAUCAUGCAUACGAAAAAUUCAUGAUUAUCUUCAUAAUUUAAUUGACAAAAAUCAUCUUUCAUUUUGUUUGCAAAAACUUUAUAAAAUUAUAUCAGAUACUCAACGUGAAAAAGUGCCAGGUACUGCAUUGUGUAUUAUUCUUUUACUCGUUGAUAAAUUACAUAUUAAAGAAGGUGUUGAUUCACAUCUCGAUACACCGUAUAAGGAUUCUGAUUUAAUGCAAGCAUUAAUUGUUAUUUUCCAAUGGUCCCUUAUAUCUAAAGAUAUUGAACUACUAUCCGAAUGGCUUAUGACUUUUAUCAAUGGUUUAGAAAGAAAUGGAAAAUAUGAUAUAUUAAUGAAAGUUGCAGAGGGUACGUUAAAUUUAAAAAAUAUGCCAACAGCAUUUCUCUUUGAAAAUCAAAGUCAAUCGGUGGGAAAAAUAUUUCUCUAUAUGUUAAAAAUGCAAAAUAAUCCAGAUGUAUUUUUUAAAUUUGUCGAGACUAUUCAAAAAAAAUCAGUUUUAAAAUGUUUAAAAGCUCAAAAUGAAGAUUACGCUAAUGAAUGUUUACAAACAAUGAUUGAUGUAAUUCAAGCAUUAUUAAUAAGAUUUGAUGUAAAAGAACGUGAUGAAAUUGAACAUAAUUUUCCCAUAAGUCCACGACAUGAUGUUGUUGAAAAAAUAUUGGAGGAACCAUUUUGGAAUAAUGAGAGGGAUAAUAAAUUUCAAUUAAGUUAUUUACCGGAAAGAAGUAGAAUUAAUAUUGUCAGUAUUGAUAGUAUACGAAAUGUUGACAGUAAAGUUGGCCUCGCUAAUUUGGGAAAUACUUGUUAUAUGAAUAGUGUUUUACAAGCAUUAGCUAUGACUAGACAAUUUCGUUAUGAGGUCUUGAAUUAUAAAGUCAAUGAUCUUGGUAGUCAAGUUUUGCUUAGUAAAUUACAAAAUUUGUUUGCAUUAUUGAUGCAUUCAAAAAGAAAUUCUUUAUCGCCAAAUGAAAUUUUUCAAGUAUCAAGACCCGCUUAUUUUAUGCCAGGACAACAACAAGAUAGUUCUGAAUUUCUUUGCCACUUAUUAGAUGUACUUUAUGAGCAAGAGAAAUCGGCAAUUGCAAUUAGUGGUAAUGCAGAAACGAUGGUCGAUUUAAAGCCAAGUUCCGAUGAACCUAUGGACGAUAUUAUGGGCGAUGAACCAGGGUUCAAUGUUCGUUGGCCAACAGAGGAGGAUUUAACCGAAGGUGCUGCUUUACAAAGAAAAACACAGUCGUUGGCUGAUUUUACACAAGGUGAAGAUUUGGCGCAAACACAACAUUUGAGUGACAGUCAUUCGGACUCGACAGACAGUGGAAUUCAAUCGGUUGGAGGCGAAGACGUAACGACAUCACCCUCAAUUCUUGUUCAUCGUGUAUUUGGUGGCGAAUCAAAAAUUACCUAUCACUGUCAACAAUGUGAUAAUAGUUCUGACAAUACUGACAAAUUUCGCGAUCUACAAUUGUGCUUCCCCGAAGAGAUAUCAGAAAAUGACGAGGUCAGUGUUCAGAGUCUCAUUAAUUGUUAUCUUGCGCCAGAAAAAUUGACCGGUGACAAUAAAUAUCGUUGUGACAAAUGUAUGAAUCUAUGCGAUGCACAGAGGAUAAUAAAAAUUCUUCAAGCGCCUGCACAUCUUAUUUUAACAUUAAAACAUUUUCGCUACGAUUCAGAUAGUCGUUUAAGGGCAAAAUUACGACAUAAAGUUGCAUACGAUGAAAUAAUUCAAUUACCAGUUUUAGAUUCAAUGCCUGAAACAUAUCGUUUAUAUGCCGCUGUUGUUCAUUCGGGUUAUAGUGUUGAUUAUGGACAUUAUUUUACCUAUGCAUGUGACUCAAAACAAAAGUGGUAUCGUUUUAAUGACAAUUAUGUUUCAUGUACGACAAUUGAUGAUUUUAAAAGACUCGAACCACCUGAUACGCCUUAUAUUCUUUUUUAUGAGAAAUCAACAUCGAUACGUACAUUUCAGGAGGAUAAACAGGAAUUGUCAACACUUAGAAAACAUUUACAGGAUAUUGUUGAAAAUGAUACAAAAUCAUUGUUAAAUGAAUCGCGAUAUCAGGAUGAUAGAAAGAGAACUAGUUUUUCGAUAAGUCGACACGAUAAUUCCGAUGAUGAUAAUUCACCGUCUAGCACUUGUCGUGGUCCAAUGAAAUUGCCGUCGAAUAAUUAUCUAUGUUAAAGGACAAUAUAUUAAUAUUCAAAGAAUUAUUUUAUCCAGCAAUUACUUUCAAGAGGAUUUGAUUGAUAUUUUGCAUUUUCAUCGCCAGUGAAUGCAAUUCGACAAAUCAGGACAUUUUUGUUUUUUCGAAACAGUAUAUAUAUUUAAAAUGUGAAUUGUUGGGUAAAAUUUAAUAUUAUUUAUUAUUCACUUCCAAAAAAGAAAAAAUCUGUGUGUACUGAAAAAAGUGUCAAAUUUUGUUAAAUCGUUUUUUAUAAUGCAAUUUUCAAAUCUGAAAACGCUAAUACGUGUUUAAAACUUGAAAGUGUAGUGAAAUAACAUUUAGAAACUGAACUGGAUUUUCUAUCUCGAAAAAAUAUUCACCAAACGGAAAAAAUUUUUUUUUUAAAAAUGAAUAUUUUUAAAACACAUUUGUGUUUUUUCGAUUAGGUCAAUCGACGAUUUUUGAAAAAAAAAACUUUCGACAGUAUUGAGGUGGAAAUGCUUUUUAUAGUCAACUUGCAAGUGUUCGUUAUAUUCAUAAAUUAUAUACUUGGUAUCUUUCUUAAACAACAUUCACGUAGAUAGAAUUUUCUUUAAACUCAAUUUGAUUUCUUAAUUUUAAUCGAUUAAAUAAUUUUAAUUCAGUUUAUUAAAUUUAUGAAAUCAAAUUACUAAUAAAUUCGUUAAGUGCGAUGUAUUCUAAUAGAUUUAUAAUACCCACGUUCUUAUCAAUUUUGUGUAUUAUGGUGUUUAAGAUCUACGUUCAUUUUUAUUUCACGGGAAUUACAUUUUUAUACUCUU